AGUAAUAACGGAAACAAAAGAAUGAACACAACUAGUCCCAGCAAAACCCAGUUCGGAGUAAUCCUCUAUUGUUAAAAGUGUACAUAAUUCUGCGAAAAUGUUAAAUAUUGUGAAAAAUCAUUUAGAAAGACGAUCAAAGUUGAUCAAAGCCUCAAGAGAAAACGGUAAAAUAAAAAAAAGAACAACAGAGGUUAUGGGUUCUGUAGCUUCAGUUCUUGGAAUCUCUACUUUAGCUUCAAAUACUAGCAACGCAGUUGAAAAUAGUAAUGGUGGUAAUUGCGUACUAGAGUCAAGUACAAAUAUGCCGGUGAAAAGUUUGAAUAAUGGAGAAAAUGUUAACACUACUCAAGUUGAAGAAACGUCGAUUAAAAGACAAAGUAAGUUGAUCAUAACAAAGGUAGAAAACAACAAAAUUAUUGUUGCUCGUAAAAUAAAUACAACGCAGAAGUCAGUUAAGUUCGUUAAAAGCUACUCGAACAAUGAUACCAUUAAUACUGGUGGUAAAACCACACCUGAAGAAUCCGCUGUUUCAAGUACAGUUCCACAUGAUCCAGCAGUUGAAGAAUCUGGGGCUCUAAGAAAAAUAUCUAAUGAUGUUGCAAUUAGUGACACUGUAAGCCUAAAAAAUGCAGUCACAAAAUACAGAAACGCAGAAAAAAUAAUUGAUUUGGGCGACUCCAGUGACUCUGGAUCAACGAUAGUAUUGUCCUAUGAUUUAAAUAAAAACAAAAAAAUGAAGAAAAGUAAGAAUUGCUCGUCAAAAAAUCCGAAGCGCGUGUUGAUGAACUUUCCAAAAAAUUUAAAUGGCAGAUCUGCGUUAUCAGUUCAUAAGAAGUUUAAUAAAUCUGUGACAGUUAUAAGUUCAAGUAAAUUGGCUGAUAAGAAAAAUAAUAAAAGUCAAGAUAUUUACGCUGAUGAUUCUGAUUUAACUGUAAUGUUCAUGGCAGGCGAGCCCAAUAAAUCCCAAAGUAUUAUUAAAAAUGAAACUAAUGAUGCUUAUGCUGGUGAUUCUGAUUCAACUCUAGUAUUGACACCUGAUGAGCAGAAUAAAUCCCAAAGUGUUGAUAAAAAUAAAGUUAAUACAUGUCUUGGAGAUUAUGAUUCCCCUCUAACGUUGACACCUGACGAGCCCAGUAAAUUACAAAAUAUCAUCAAGAAUAAAAUUAAUGAUGUUUAUGAAGGAGACUCGGACACAACUUUGAUGUUGACGCCUGAUGAGCCCAAUAAUUCCCAAAAUAUCAUUAAGAAUAAAGUUGAUGACAUUUAUGAAGGUGAUUCAGAUGUGACGGUUCUUUUAACACCAACUGAAGAAUGUGAGAAUCGUAAAAAAUUAACGAACAAAACUAAGGAGUCAACUGAAACACCUGAGAAAGAAUCUAAAAAUUCGGGAACUUGGAAAAACUUAAGAAGUCAAUCGACUGAGACUAAAGCUCCCUGUGCAUUAUCAAGCCAGGAAUUAAAAGAGGAAGCUUCUAGAACAUUUAGAGAUGGAUCAAUUAAUUUAUCUGGGCUUUCAGCUCAUCAGCUAGAAGAGAAACUCUCUGAAAUAAUUGCAGAUGGAGGUUCUAGUCAAUUAGAGCCUCAGUCUCAUCUUCUAACUCAAGAGAAUGUUUUAAAAUCUAGUCAAAAUGAUGAUGAUUCAGCUCACAAAUCUGAUAAGACUAAUUCUUUAGAGGAAACAUUGAAACUGAAUGAAACUUUGGAUAUUCAAGAGCUUGAUGAUACAUUGAAGUUGAGUCAAACUAAUGAGUCAACUGAUUCAAGCCUUAUACAUUUGAAUUAUCAAUCGUAUGAUGAAAAUUCCGAUGGUGAAUUGACAGAUUCAUCAUUAGGAAAACUAGUGAUUGAUGAAUCGCGUGAUAAAACUAUAAAUUCUAUGGGUCCUCUAAAUAUUUCAAAUGUUGAUCAAAAUAACGAUGCACUGGACAACAAAGAGGGCUCAGCAGAUGUCAGUAUAAAGUCAUUUGGGUCAAAUAUUAAAUUGAAAAGACUGGAAAAGAAGCGAGAGCUAGUUAUCAGGAUCGAGAGGCUAGAUGUUGCUAAAUUAAUUAAAAAGCCAUCUAAUUUAUGUAUGAAAAAGGAGUUGAGAUUGGAACGAUUACCGAUUAUUAAUAAAAAAAUUACUCCUAUUAAAGCGCGGGGUAAAAUUCGUAAAUCUCCUGAUCAAAAACUGCUGAAAAAAAAUAAAAAUGGCGUUAAGGAAUUAGAAACGUCUUUGAAAAUUGCAAAGAUUGUCUUGACUCCCAUUAAUUUGAACGAUUAUCCAAAUUUGAGAUCUUUCCAAACUGACUCUCCAAUUAAUCGUUCAAAUUUUAAAUCUUCGACAGCUGAUAAGAAACUUACUAAAAAUAACUCUGCUACUAGAGGUAGCAAGAGUAAAAUUUUAGGACGUAAAAAACAAUCUGAUUCAACCUUAACGUCAAUGCGAAAACGUUUAGUUUACACGAGUACUCCAGAUAAGAGUAAUUCUAUUGAGAAGAGACGAAGACCGAAUUUGAAAGCUGUCAUAAAAAAAGUUAACUCAGUUGUUAACAAUAAUUUGAAUGUAAAUUCACAGUUGAAAAAAGAAUUGAGAGUUAAUUUAGUAAGACUUUGUAUGGACGAUUUGGUUUCGUGGCAGUCAAAUGUUCAAAAACAAAAUCAAAUUUAUAAAAUUUUUUUUAAAGGCAUCAAAAGUACCAGGCAUGAAAAAAUGAUACGACAACUUGGUGGGGUUAUUACUGAUAAUCUUACAACUGCAACUGUGUUGAUUGCUGGUAAAAUCAGCAAAACUUAUGAGUUCAUAAGCGCUUUGGUUCGCGGGAUUCCAAUUGUUUCAAUUGACUGGUUGCAUAUGAGUAUUGAAAAAAAUAGAUUUAUUGAACCCACUGAAUAUUUAUUAGAGGAUGUUAAAGCUGAGAAAAUGUUAAAUUUUAAUUUUAAAAAAAGUUUGAUGAGAUCAAGAGAAACUAGUCUUCUAAAAGAUUAUUUUUUUGUCAUUACUUCAAAUAUCAGUUUGCUGUUUACUGAUAAAUUGACAAGCUUGAUUGAAUCAGCUGGUGGAAAAGUUUUACCGCGAGUACCUGAACUGUUGAUAAAUGAAAAAAUAUUUAUUGUUUGUUGUAAAAAAGAUAUUCGACGAUUUGAAAAGUUGUAUGUAGAUAGAAGAGUUGGAAUUGUAACUGCAGAGUUCAUUAUUGAUAGUUUAUUGAAACAAGAAUUUAGAUUUGAAGGACCUAGUCUGUAGACGUAGAAUGAUACUGAAGUUAGCCGACGUCUAAUAAUUUUUGGAUUUUUUUAAAAACGAUAAAUUAUAAAAAAAAAUAUUUGAAAAAAUUGCACUUAGUUUUUUUAAUUUUCUACAUGUGCAUUUUUUUUUUUAAUAUGUUGAAAAAAAAAUCCGGAUUAUUUAUUGUCUGCUAACUUCAGGGUCAUGAAGAAUGCAGUAUUUUUAUUUUUUACUGAAAAAGUUCAAAUUUACAAUCGCAAUCGCUUUGUUAUCUUUUUUUUAUUUUUAUUUUUGUGUAUUAGAAUAGACAUACCGGUUUUGGACAACAUUGCCUGUGGAUAUUUUAAACUUUAUUUAGAGACGAAGAAAUAAAAGUUUAAAAUGUAGAAAACUGGUAGUGUCAUUAACAAAUAGUAUUUAUAUUUUCUGCUUAAUUAUAAAUUGCAAAUAACAAUUUAAUAAUUGAUCACACCCUUGAUCUUAAAUUAUCUUGUUUCUGACUGGCUGCUGACACAAACUUUGAAUUCCAAUGCAGGUGAUCAUAAAAAAAUAGUGUGUGACAAAGGAUGAAACAAAAUUUCCGACUGUGGUCGAUGUCCAACUUUACUCUGGUCUGAAAUCACUUUAUUUCAUCCCUUGCCAGUAGUAUAUUGUCACACAAUACACUAUUUUUUUUUCUUCAAUAUUUUGUAAACUUAGACAUUAUUAUAAAUAAUAUAAAUUUAUAAAUUAAUAUUCUUGUUAAAAAUUUGGAUAUUUAUACAGAAGUAUGACUUCGCUUUUGGAUAAAUUCCUUCGGCAAGUAUAUGCAACGAAUGAUUGAUAAUUAUUUUUGU